AUGGCUCGUUACGGCGAGGGCGACAAACGCUGGAUCGUGGAGGACCGCCCCGACGGAACCAACGUCCACAACUGGCACUGGUCCGAGACCAACUGUCUCGAAUGGUCCAGAACCUUCUUCUCUUCUCUUCUCUCCAACCUCACAAUUCUCGACGGCGAGGGAAACCUUUUCGUCAAAACCACCUCGCUUCGCUCCCUCGAUGGUGAGGCCUAUGUUAACGUUCGCAAGGGUAAAAUCAUCCCCGGCUACGAGAUCAGCCUCACGCUCAAUUGGCAGGGCGAGGCCAAGGACUCCAACGGAGCUUCGCUUCUCCAAGUCGACGGCACCGUUGAAAUCCCAUACAUCUCCGACGAGAACGCUGACGAGGAUCCCGAACUCAAAAUCACCGUCAACGACGAAGGACCGGUAGGGAAGAGGAUCAAGGACGCAAUGUUUUCCAAGGGGAAGCCCUUGAUCUUGGAGAAGGUUAGGGUUUGGGUGCAGAGCAUGGCCAACGGUGGUCCUGUUAAGGAUGAAUUGGACAACAAGAAGACAGCGCCAGUUCCAUCACCGUCUCCUUCGCCUUCGCCGUCGCCGACGACUGUGGCUGGGCCGAAGAAAGAGAGUUCGGCGGGGCCGAAGAAGAAGAAGGAGAAGAAGGGAGUGAAGAGUAUUAGCAUGACGGAGAGGUUUAAUUGCAGAGCUAAAGAUUUGUUUGAGAUAUUGAUGGAUGAGAAUAGGUGGAAGGGUUUCACCCAGAGCAAUGCGAGGAUUAGUAAAGAGGUUGGUGGUGAGUUUAGCAUUUUUGAUGGAUCCGUGUGUGGAACUAAUUUGGAGUUGCAGGAGGGUAAGUUGAUUGUGCAGAAGUGGAGGUUUGGAAGCUGGAACGAUGGUGUUCAAUCCACAGUAAGGCUUGUGUUUGAGGAGCCUGAAGCGGGUGUUACCGUUGUGAAGCUGACUCACACUGAUGUGCCUGAAGAGGAUAGGUAUGGGAAUGCAACUGUGGUGGAGAACACCGAAAGGGGGUGGCGGGAUCUUAUUUUCCAGAGGAUACGUGCAGUUUUCGGUUUUGGAAUUUGA